AUUAUAGGUGCACGUGAGUACCAUCGUAUCUGAAUUGUUCACCGCAAUGGUUCGACACCGGGUCAAGCAAGACGGAUCGUUCAGCAGCGUGAUUCUGAGCAUGGUGGUGAUCGAGGGUCUCGGUCGCAGUUUAGAUCCUAACAUUGACAUUUUCACGGAAGUAGUGCCGUUUAUUUUUACGCGCGCCUCAAUGUACGACGAAUAAUUAUAAAGUGUUAAUUCGAGCGAGUGGAAGCCUCGUACAAUUGUAUCGAGUAUCGUUGAGUUCUUAUUUUAAGAGUCCGGAUCCUAACAUUGGCACCUUCACAGAAGUAGUGCCGUGUACGACGAAUAAUUAUCCAUGUUCAAUUAAUUUCUCCUACAAUUUUAUCGAGUAUUAUUAUUUUUAUGCAUUCCAUCGCUGAAAGAAUUUUGAAACGUAAAAGAAGGCGUUCGAGAAAUUACGAAUGUUAUUCGAAUACACUGAGCGGUCGUCGCCGUCCGAAUAAGGCGCCGCGCGAGAAAAUUCCCGUUUUAAUAACGUACCAUUAAACGAGUCCCGAGGAGGAUUCCGAUUUUAAAACAGUAUAUACACGGACACGUAUAUAAUCGCAACGGUCAGAAUUCCGACGAGUGACCAGUUGUUCGUGAUUGCUUCCUGGUUGGCCGACCAUCUUUGGCACGAUGCUGUAUCACCGGUGUACGAACACAGAGGAAAGCCUGUAUACGCGCGUAUACAAAUGUGUCGCCGUUUGAACCAUUUCUGUGUACGUGAAUUCACAUUCAAUGAAGUUCCGAUUAACAUCGAUCGCUUUAACAAGCAACGUUUUGCUCCUCUAUCUUUGAGCACCGAAUUAAGAUUUUAAUACAUUGGCUGCGAUUCGUUUGAUACUGAAAAGUUUGCCCGUGGCCGAGUCGUCGAUCUUCCUCGGAGUAUCACGCCAUCUGCAGAACGUAACGAUUUGAACUUGAGAUCCCCUCCAAAGUUCAACUGUCCCCUCCGCUGAUGAGCGCCGAGUUGGGCCAGCAAAAGGAACGGAGAAGCUUGGGAACGGACCGCGAACGCAGAUGUGUGAGCGUCGUUCUUCGGAGUGUGUACACCGGAGAUGGUCAAGCCCUUCCUCAGCGUUUCAUCUUCGAACGUUUCUUUGGGAAAACAAAAAUCGAGCGAAGACCCCGGCGGGACCAUCCAGCCCGUGGAUGUUUUUCACAGCGUACCAAGAAUCUCGCCGAGGCGCCGGGUCUCGAGAUGCUACUUUCGAGCGCUUGGUUCGAAGUGAUAGCGGCAACACUAUUGACCAUCCUGAUAUUCGCUACCAGUUAUCGUCCAGCUUGGUGGUUCUGGACCGGAGCUCAUAGAACCAACGCCCGGGAGAAGCACGAGAGGAGGUUUAAGACCGUGUCGGACGUGCCUGGGCCGUAUUCCCUGCCAGUCCUUGGAACCAGGUGGAUAUUCUCUUGCGUAGGGCGUUAUGACCUCAACAAGAUCCACGAGGCUUACAGGGAUUUGCAUCGGCGAUAUGGCGCGUUAUGCAAAGAGGAAGCGUUAUGGAAUUUCCCUAUUGUGUCUCUGUUCUCCCGUCAGGAUAUCGAGACUAUCCUGCGGCGAAGCCCGAAAUACCCUUUGCGUCCUCCGCAGGAAGUAAUCUCGUACUAUCGGCGUAUUCGCAGAGAUCGGUACACGAAUCUCGGUAUGGUCAACGAACAGGGGAAAACGUGGCACGAUCUUCGGCUCGCUCUUACGUCAGAGCUGACGGGGUCCAACACCGUCCUUGGCUUCUUCCCGGCACUGAACAUCGUCGCCGACUCGUUCGUCGACUUGAUCCGUCGCACGAGAACGGGUUGUUGCAAGGUGACAGGUUUCGAGGAGCUCGCGUACAAAAUGGGACUCGAGAGUACCUGCACCCUGAUCCUCGGUAGACAUCUGGGCUUCUUGAAACCAGACUCGAGCAGCGAGCUGGCGAUGAGGCUGUCCGAAGCGGUCAGGAUACAUUUUAUGGCACUGAGGGACGCCUUUUACGGAUUACCGCUUUGGAAGGUGUUACCCACGGCCGCGUACAAACAGGUGAUAGAGAGCGAGGAUGCCAUAUACAACAUCAUUUCGGAGAUCGUCGAGGCGACGAUAUGGGAGCAGCGGGACGACGCCAGAGACGAAUCGGUCGAGGCUGUCUUUCAGUCCAUCCUCAGGCAAAAGAGUUUGGACAUGCGUGAUAAGAAAGCAGCUAUUGUCGAUUUUAUAGCGGCUGGUAUACACACACUAGGAAAUACUCUGGUGUUCCUCUUCGAUUUGAUUGGACGCAAUCCUAGCGUACAGGCCAAGCUUUAUGAAGAGACCUACUCGUUGGCUCCGCCUGGCUGCGAUUUAACCAUCGAGAACUUGAAGCAGGCUAAAUAUUUGCGCGCGUGCAUCACCGAGUCUUUCCGAAUGAUCCCGACUACGACCUGCAUCGCGCGUAUCUUAGAUGAACCCGCCGACCUCAGCGAUUAUCAUCUGGCCGCCGGUACCGUGGUGCUUUUACACACUUGGAUAGCAGGUCUGAAUGAAGAGAAUUUUAAAGACGCCAGGAAAUAUUUUCCUGAGAGAUGGCUGACGACCGUCAGCCCUCAUUCACCGAUGCUGGUCGCACCGUUCGGAACUGGGAGAAGAAUCUGUCCGGGGAAGCGAUUCGUCGAACUCGCGUUACAGCUUAUCCUGGCGAAGAUCAUACGUGAGUUCGAGAUCAUUGCGGACGAAGAGCUGUCGUUCCAAUUCGAAUUCAUCCUCGCGCCAAAGGCUCCGGUCUAUCUCGGUUUCCGCGAUCGUUCGCAAGUGUUAUAACGAUUUACAGAAAACCACUAUGUUUUUGAUCAUACUUGUAAUUGAGAAACGACGUCUUAAUUACAAGUACGAUUGAAUAUAACUUUCUUUAUGAUGUGCCCAGCUUUCGUUUCGGAUAACGAUUUUGAUUUCACAACAAGUUGAACGAUGCAUUUGUUGCAAAUAGUUUUUGUUUAGCAGUCGCAGAGUACUUAUUGUUCACUGGAGUGUAAUGUAAUAUUUAUAUUUAAUAACAUCGAUCGACCGUUUUAGUUUUCUACCGUUCAAACUGUCCUACGUUUACUUUCACGAACAUUCACGAUACGAUGUAAAAAAACGUCUGCGUCUUCAUUAUUAUUAUUAUUAUUUGAUAAAUGUAAUAAACGUGAACCAGCGAC